GUGGAGAAUGGAUGGUCCAGGUUUCCAUUGCUUCCAAUGAGGUGUCAUAUCCCAGUGAGGUCAUUUCCUGACUUCAAAGCAUUCAUCUGAACUGCCUCAGUCAGCCCUAGUGGUUAGAACCUGAUGUUUCUUGCAAGAGACAUUGAUCUCCACUUGUUCUACUUUUCAGCUGCACAAGCUCGCGAUGAAGAGAAGUCCGGGUCUCUCUGACUAUCUUUGGGCCUGGACCCUCCUUCUGAGUGCAUUGACUGGAGGAAGUUUUGGACAGCCCUCAUUACAAGAUGAACUUAAAGACAAUACCACUGUCUUCACCAGAAUUUUGGACCGACUCCUUGAUGGUUACGACAAUCGCCUGAGACCGGGUUUGGGAGAGCGUGUAACUGAAGUGAAGACUGACAUCUUCGUCACCAGUUUCGGACCCGUUUCAGACCAUGAUAUGGAAUAUACUAUAGAUGUAUUUUUCCGUCAAAGCUGGAAGGAUGAAAGGUUAAAAUUUAAAGGACCCAUGACAGUUCUUCGGUUGAAUAACCUAAUGGCAAGUAAAAUCUGGACUCCAGACACCUUUUUUCACAAUGGAAAGAAGUCAGUGGCCCAUAACAUGACCAUGCCCAACAAACUCCUGCGGAUUACAGAGGAUGGAACGUUGUUGUAUACCAUGAGGCUGACGGUGAGAGCUGAAUGUCCAAUGCACUUGGAAGACUUCCCUAUGGAUGCCCAUGCCUGCCCACUAAAAUUUGGAAGCUAUGCUUAUACGAGAGCAGAAGUUGUUUAUCAGUGGACCAGAGAGCCAGCACGCUCAGUAGUUGUAGCGGAAGAUGGGUCACGCCUCAACCAGUAUGAUCUUCUUGGGCAAACAGUAGACUCUGGGAUUGUUCAGUCCAGUACAGGAGAAUAUGUUGUUAUGACCACUCACUUCCAUUUGAAGAGAAAGAUUGGCUAUUUUGUUAUUCAAACAUACCUGCCAUGCAUAAUGACAGUUAUUCUGUCCCAAGUCUCCUUCUGGCUCAACAGAGAGUCUGUACCAGCGAGAACUGUCUUUGGAGUAACAACUGUGCUGACUAUGACAACGUUGAGUAUCAGUGCCAGAAAUUCUCUCCCUAAGGUGGCUUAUGCCACAGCAAUGGAUUGGUUCAUUGCAGUGUGCUAUGCCUUUGUGUUCUCAGCGCUGAUUGAGUUUGCCACAGUAAACUAUUUCACCAAGAGAGGCUAUGCUUGGGAUGGCAAAAGUGUGGUUCCAGAAAAGCCAAAGAAAGUGAAAGAUCCUCUCAUUAAGAAAAACAACACUUAUGCUCCAACUGCAACCAGCUACACCCCUAAUUUGGCCCGGGGUGACCCUGGCUUAGCCACCAUUGCUAAAAGUGCAACCAUAGAACCGAAAGAAGUCAAGCCAGAAACAAAACCACCAGAACCCAAGAAAACCUUUAACAGUGUCAGCAAAAUUGAUCGACUGUCAAGAAUAGCCUUCCCACUGCUAUUUGGAAUCUUUAACUUAGUUUAUUGGGCUACAUAUUUAAACAGAGAGCCUCAGCUAAAAGCCCCUACUCCACAUCAAUAG